AUAGAGUAAUCAAGUCACAGAGAGGAACGAUCACUGUGUGCACUUUGCGGUCUCACGAUGAUUGCAUAAGCGAAAGGGGGAUUCUAGUAAUAAUGUCGCAAGCGCCUGCGAUCAAGAAGUCAUCAGCAGAUCCUUUAAUGAGAAAUGUUUAACAAAGAAAUAUGAUAAGGACAGGUCGAAGAAGUUGGGGCGAGAGACCGAACGCCCGAGAUAAAGCGAUGUCGCGUGAGCUUGCUCCUGGCCUGACAGCCUGAGGCUGGCUGCCUAUCAAAAUACCCAGCGUGCCCAAAAACACAUUAAGAAAUGCCAACCUAUAAUUUUUCCCACUUCAACAUCAGCGAUGUACUGGCAAUCAUGCCUCGUCCGCGGAUAACCGCAAGAGCUUGGAUGUGUGGAUUCAUUGAGUCAUAACACAGUCCGAUACCGGAAAACUGGGUUGAGGUACUCCGUAUAACUAUCGAGGAUGAUACAUGUCACAAAAUUGUGAGAUCUACAACCAGGAAGUUGGGGCCCCUGAGAUGAAGAAUAUCGGCUACCCAUUCCACCAGUGACGAUACGGCACUUCUUGGAGUCCAAAUUAACACCCGCGAUUGGCCGGCGUUCCGAGAUCUCAAUUCAGAAUAUCAAACUGCAAUGGCAAGCAACAAUCCACCAUUUCGCAUUAUCCCGGCGCAUAGCGCAAAACAUAUAGAAGCAGCCAAAGCACUUUUUAUGUCGUACGCCGAAUGGCUAGGCCUCGACCUUACCUUCCAAGGAUUCGCCUCCGAGCUGCAGUCCCUCCCUGGUCAAUAUGCGGCACCCCAUGGCGAAUUAUUACUAGCCUAUAGUACCGAAGAGGGGAUUCCUAUCGGAUGCGUCGCUGUCCGGCCUCUCAAGCAGAUGUCGGGCGAAAAUCAAGGAGACGUUCAAAGCCAUAGAGGAUACUGUGAGAUGAAGAGACUGUAUGUCUCUCCCGAAGCACAGGGAACGGGACUGGGGAAAGCCUUGGUGAAUUCUAUCAUUGAGAGGGCGAAGGAUCUCGGAUAUAAGGAGAUGAGGCUCGACACCCUUCCCUCGAUGAUGAGCGCCAUAAAGUUGUAUAAGAGGGUGGGAUUUUUGGAAAUAGCUCCUUAUUAUGAGACUCCCUUGGAGGGGACGCUCUUUCUCGGUUUGGAUCUUACGCAGAAAACAUAGACAGGAACUAGAACAUCAGUCUCAAAUGCUUGCCUAGAGAUUAUUAAGACCCGUAGAUGCGCUCAGACACUAACUAAAGACUAUGAAUUAGCAAUACUUCCAAGUCGUACUCAAAUUAGGGAUCUAAGAAUUUCUCAUCUUAAAUGUCGUCCCUUGGAAAGAGUACAUAAUGUAUCACACAACUAGUUGUAUUGACGAAAUUUUGAGCCAACACAGACAAUAUACAGAGCAGUCAUGCCUUCAGACUCAGACCGUUGAGCUUUAACUUUUGAGAAUAGGAGCAUUCAUUGUACGUAGACUCCUGCAGAAUACCAAAUAGUUGUUAUCAUAGUAUCUUCGUAUGUAUACAAGAACAGCGUAGUGACUGUCGAUUCGAGCUUCAAGCAGACAAUCAGCAUGGUCAUAGUCAAUCUUUCUUUGAUCAAGUACAUCGUGAGUGCGAGACUUCGUACAAUCGUAGAGCUAUAUAGCUAUUCGAUUGACGGCGUUAACGAGCAUCAAGAUAUAGAAGUCAGUAUUCGUGACUAAUAUGUAGGUCAAAUGUAAGCAAUCGAGUUGACUUGUACUUGGUGUAGAGACUAUUAAGGGCGC